GUAAAUGUGGCAUCCGGGUGCUUGGUGUGUUUGUGAUCGUGAAUAAUUGUGGGACGUAACAAUACUUUUGUGUAUGUGUAACCCAUUGAUUCGUUAUUUUCAGAUGAAAGUGAUCACUUUCGUGUAUGUAUGCUGGUACCACCAUUGGCUAGUCCUUGAAUACUCAAUUCCCUAUACUAUCAAUCAAUUCAUUCAUCUCACUUGACCAUGGUGCGUCCGCUCAGAUGGACUCUGACGUGACUCUGAGCCAUAGUCACCACCAGCAGCAGUCCACUUCAUCGCCUUCUUCAGCACCAACGUCUCCGACCUCUUCGAGGAAGGCGCCCAACGGUACUGCCGGUACCCGCACGCCCUCCGGGCCAUCGACCUCGGACGACAGUGACAUUGAGGACGACCUAAUUUUCGCUAUUCAACAUAAAGCGGACGUAGACGAGGAGGUCGUUUCCGGCGGGUUCCUGCAGCGGUAUUUCAGCAAUCAUAGUAACAGCUUACCGUCAAGGUAGGGCGCAG